CCCGAUGAUUGAAUCAUGUGAGGGACUGAGGAAGCCUUUUUCUUUUUUUUUUUAAUCAUCAACAUGAAGUCAGGUUUUCUGAAGAGGAAGUCGACUCCGAGGCGCCGUGCAGGCUGAUGACGGGCAGAAAUGCGGAGAGGAGGACCGGGGUGGUGGGAGGCGACGGCCCCCGCGGUGUUGUGAGACCGAAGAGAGAAGCGCAGCGUCAGCUAGCUAGCACAAGCAGCAGGACCUCCGGACGGGGUUUUCAAAAUAAAACAAAAAAAAAAGGGCUCCCACGAGAACCGGAUUGGUUCGGUUAAAGGUUCUGAAGCGAUGCUCUUGCUGGUGCACGUGAACCCACUACAGACGAAGAAGCGACGUGCUGUAACGGUUCGGAGUACGUACUCUUAAAAUACGCGACACCGACGAACGCCCCGCUUUUACUUUGCAGGUCGAGCCCACUGCGCGUCCAGCCCGACGGCCCUUGGCUCUCGCUAGCUUGACGCAUACGAGAAAAGGGGGGUGAAGUUGCAAAGCCUCCAGCCAAAACAAGACUUUGCAGCCUGUGGUGGCCCACGACGCCUCGCUAUGAAUGGGACCCACCUCGUCUCGCUGUGUUUUUUUCAAGUCCAAUGCCUUUUACACCGGAGGGCCCGUUGUUGAACUGAAAUCGGAGCCCCGGCGGAAAACACGGUUUGCCAUUGAAGAUCAAAAUGUACUGUCCGACACUGACAAACAAGGAGCAGUUUUUGUAGCUGGAGGAGGAUCCCCAGCCCUGACUUUUCCUCCUCCUUCUCCUCUUGGCUCUGCUGGGAUCAAUGACCGGACCCAACUCUCCAAGCCGGACCGGCACCUCCCCGGCCAAGCUGAGCAGGCAUGGCCGGUCAAAGAGCACCAGCUCACACUGCCUUCUCCGCUGCAGCACCCAGGAAGAAUCCUCUGCCUCUCCCCCUAAUAACAGUUCCCGGUCCCCUGGGGAGGAAGAGGAGAAGGAUGGAGGAGUUCUUUUUUAUGUUAACCGGACUGGUUUUCCCAUUGAAAGCGUCACCUGGGAGAGGAUGUGGUCCCAUGUGGCUGCUGUGCACCCUGAGGGCCAGGAAAUGGUGGCCAGGAUACGAAAUGCUGCAUACCUUCCCAAGCAUCCUGUUCCCCCAGUCCCGACCUUCAAACCGUCCAUGUCGGUCCCAGACUGGCUGCUGGCCAUCCAGAACUACAUGAAGACUCUGCAAUACAACCAUACAGGAACCCAGUUCUUUGAAAUCAAGAAGAGCCGUCCACUGUGUGGGUUAAUGGAGACAGCAAGGGAGAUGAUCAGGGAGUCCUUGCCAAUCAAAUGCCUCGAAGCCGUCAUCUUGGGAGUCUACCUGACUAACGGGCUGACGUCUCUCGAGCGUUUCCCCAUCAGCUUUAAGACUCAGUUUUCGGGUCACUGCUUCCACCACGUUGUGCUGGGCGUCUACUGUAACGGUCGCUACGGAUCGCUGGGCAUGAGCCGCCGCCAGGACCUGAUGGACAAACCACUGACCCACCGCACGCUGGGAGAACUGGUGGCCGAGUUUGAGAACUCCUACAAGAGAUACCAGCACACCCUGAAGAAGGUGAAGAUCGGCUUAUAUGUGCCUCAUGACCCCCACGUCUUCCAGCCAAUCGAAUGGAAGCAUUUGGUGCUGAAUGCUGCCCGACUCGGAGCACAGGAGAUGAGGAAGGAGCUGGAGAAACACGGUCGGGACAUGAGGAUGAAGAUCCUGAAAUCAUCAAGCGCCCAGUCACCAAUCAAAGAGCGGAGCCGGGGAAAAUCCCUAUCACCACGGCGACGACAGAGCAGUCCACAGCGACGCUUCACACACCGCAGAGACAAAUCGCCGGCCUCAGUGGAGAGGAAACCGCCAGAGCUCAGCACUCUCAACGAUGGCUACCAAAUCCGCAUCUGAUUCCCUCCCUUCACCUCCAAGACAUCUUCCGCCCUCCCACAUCCGUCCACACGUCUCAGCCACCCUGAUCCAAGAGUCUCUACCAGCCACCAGCGUUUGUAGGAGUCGUCACUACAGCUUCGACACAGACGAGGUGGAUGACGGACGAAAAAAUCUGUUACAAGAGCUUUUCUAAGCUUUACAGGAAGAAGGUCUUUGAAGCUGAGACCCAGAAAGUGACCUUUUGGUCAGGUUUACCUCUUACGUUGCAGUGGAUCAUUUACAACAACUUCAUCACACAGCCUGAGAGUGGCUGCUUCGUUUUUUGUUUUUAACACUUACACGUAACCUCUGAAGUAGGAUAAGUUCAGAAGAAGUGAUCAAUUUCUUUCUAGAUUUCCAACAUUUCAGUUGAGAGCCGUCGUGUUAACAGUUAUUUCUGUGACCCCCCCCCUCAGAGACCAUAUGUCUUAAAGAAGAGCUAGAACAGGAAGUGAGAGAGGAGAAAAGCGAGACAUUUCUCAAUACAGAUAGGUGAAGGUAUUCUUCAGUGGUUAAAGAGACAAGUUGCCAUGUUGGAAGAGUCAGAACAGAAAGAUGUUGCCCCCUCUCUUUGCACAAAACACAGUUAAUAAAAGAUGAAUUUAUUGAUGGUGUAAAAUGACAAAUUACUGUAAUGCCAGUUUAAUAGCACAGUUCCACUGCUGAGAAUUUAGGCAGUUAAUGUGUUUUGUGGUGAUGACCUUCCAGGUUGUUGUUGUCCGUUCUCCAACAUGGCGGUGUUCAUAGAGGCCAGGAGGCUACAGGGAGACCGGCGCUGCCUUCAAAUGGGGUCGUGUUUACCGUGUUCACGAGAAGUGUCCAAAUGAACGCCCCCUUCUUAUGGUAUUCACGACCUUGGAAUCUUCCGAAAGCCCAGAGUGUGCGAGUUGUGAUGUGUUUACUGACCUUUUUAGAAAUGGCGGAGGCCACUGAAGUUCCUUUUUGGUUGGAUGUUGUUAAUUUAUUGUAAUUUUAGCUGUAUACAUUCUUUUGUUCAUAAUUUUUAUAAUACGUCUGAGAAAAAUGUUGGUUUUCCCAGCGGCCUCAUCUUUUCCCUGUGUCAUUUUGCCUUUGCAUUUCCUGCAUUACGUUACCUGCCGUCUAGCUUGCUAAAUUGUUAGCCGACCUAACCCCCUGGAAUGCCAAGCAUACCGUACACAGGACUUCCCGUGUCGAAACCACGAGCUCCCGAGCUCCAUUUGAAGGCAGCAAAAGCCGACGUGAGAUCAUGAGGAAACAGGUGUAGUUGUUGUUACCCCACUUUUACUCUCAAAUGCCUGAUUCACCACUGCAACCCUUUGCUUCAUCUCUAAGAAAGCAACCAUGAAGAAUUGUUCAGACGUUCUAGUUACACCUUGGCUUUCCCAAAACCUUUCAACCCAACAGCAGUUUACAUCUUACUACCCAGACGUCUAUAUGCAGAUGCCAUUGAUCAGAGUGGACGGCCAUAGAACAAGGAGGGGACGUUCAAUAAAGUAUGCAGGGAAAUAAAAGACGCAGAGUGGAUAGAGUGGAACUCACUGCAGAAGAUCAGAGAAUUAUUAUUGCAAUGAGGCAAACCUCUCUCUCCCCCUCCCCCUCCCUCUCGUCUUGGACAAGAAGUUAUUGUUCCUGGGUGUUUACUGCCAGUGGUAACAAUAUUGAGUGCUAAAUGGAAAGCCAGAACAGCACUUGCUGAUAUUCUGUUACGAGAAGAAAGAGGUGGUUUGGCAGUUUUCACAACUGAAACAUAUUUCAUUCGAAGCCCACAUCAUUAAUUAUUUAAAUUGAUUUCUAUUAUUAGGUAUUGUGUAAUUGCAAUGGAAAGCACCAGUUGUUGGAUGGAAAACAAGCUGCAGGAUGUUUGUACAAGUGGAGUAAUCACACUGACGCCAGUAGGAGAAAGGACUCUACCAAUGUUAUUGAACUUCCACAAACAAUCUAGACCAAUGGUUCCCGACCUGGGGGCGGGGACCAGGAAGAAUCUGAGGGGUCACCAGUUCAUUAAGGGGAUGAGAAAGAGAAAGAGAAAGUGGCAGAAAAAUUGCAAAAGUUAUAGAAGAAUCAGGAGAAAAACCAAAUUUUGUGUAACAGAAAUGCCCCCCCCCAUUCUCUUAAUUUACUGGUGACCCCCUCAGACUUUUCUGGGACUCCUUUAGGUGUCUGCAAGGUUGGAAACCACUGUUCUAGAUGUUACUUGUAGUAAAAAAAAAAUAAAAGGUGCAUUGCUUUAAAUUAAAACAUGAAGGAUAAAGGGUCAAGAACAGGAGUUAUGUUUAAUAUAGUCUGUGUAAAUACGAUAGUUCGAAAUGCAAAUGAAAACACUGCGGCGUCACAUGACGUACCCUGAAAAAAAUGUAUCCUAACUUCUGUCCCAAAAACCAGUCCCUCGCAUCUCAGGAACACGUUAGCAGAAGGCUAGUGGAGUUUCGUAUGUGUUGACCCAGCUGAGCCGCAGCCGGCCCCCGUGUUCACACAGUAAAUUAACAUAAUGUUAGCCAGCUGACUGCUGCCACCGCAGCUGUCGCAUUAACAGCUGGAAAAUAAAGUGGUUCAGCUGGUCCGAGUUCGGCUGCAGCCUGUUUGUCCGCUCAGGCAAACAAUGAGUGAAGCCAGAUGUUGUUGUCUGAGUGAACACUGUAACAAAAGCCUCAUUCAAGACAGAUUUAUUUGAGAAGAGGGCUGUAACGCAGCGGAUGUUAAAGGCAGUUUGGACUGUGGGGACAGGUUCCUCCGAGGCCUCUAACGUGACUUUGUUGAUCGCAAAAUGAUUGAGAUUUGUGGUGUUUUAAUCUGUACGAUAGACAGUUCAAAACUCUGAAAUCGGAAACCAAAUCGGGAUCUAGAGUCAAAAGGCUCAACCGUAAGUCUGCAACGCGAGGGGGGCAAGCAGGGCCCUGUUUUGUGUCGGAAAACCUGACACGUCAAAGAGGUCAAAGUGUUGGUCUAAGUCAGUAAAUGGUAUUUUCAGUUCAGUAAAGGAGACAAAUUGAGAGUCAGGAAACCCCGUAAGUUCUCAGAGCGGCUCGACGAAUCCUCUUUUCGCUCCGUGAAGCUUCGGUACCGAGUGACCUGUGAGACUCCAUUCAGUACUGUAUGUGCUGUCUCACGCUCGUAUGCAUGAUGUAUCGUAAGGAUUGUCCAAAAAAAUCAAAUCAAGUUUAAAAUUUGAUUUUUUUUCCUUUUUGAUUGUCCUGUCGAGGCCUUCAGUGAAUCACAGCUAAGAGGCUUGAAAUCAAAGAAGCUUGAAAUCCUGUGUCCAGUACGAUGAUCAUAGAGGAUUUUAACCAUUCUGAUAUAAAUGCCUGAGAUGACAGAACAAACACGAGAAUAUCACAUAUCAAAGCCACAGAUAGAACAGUAUUCAGUCUUUAUCGCACAAUACAGAAAGCUGAAAUCAAAACAGACACAUUCAACACAUGCUGUGUUAAACAUACUGUACGUACAGUGUUUAUGUCUGUGCAUCUAAAUGCGUCCGUGUUUAUUCAUGUAUGUUACAGCCACAGAAAGUAUUGUACAGUCGUAAGCCUUGAGUCUGAGAACUGGACGAGUCAGUUUUAAUUAAUGAGAGAUAUGUUGAUAGUCCUCCACUGCGAGACCCCGACCAGCUCGAUUCACAGAAUUAAAAGGGCCAGUGUGUGGGAUUUAGUGCCAUCUAGUGGUGGGGUUGCAGACUGCAACCCGCCGAAUACCCCUCCCCUCGCCCCUCACCCCUCACCCCCUCCCAUGUAGGAGACUGUAUGGUGGCGUUCACGUAACGUAAACAUGCGAAAGGCCACCUUUAGAGCCAGCGUUUGGUUUGUCUGUCCCGGGCUACCGUAGAAACAUGGCGGUGCAACAUGGCGGGCUCCCCGGACGAGGACCGGCUCCCUAUGAAGACAUGAAGGGCUCAUUCUAAGCCAACAAUUCCUAGUUUCAGGAGAUUAUACACUGAUCAAAGCAUGAUUAUGGAUAUUAUAUUCCGUUUCUGCCACUAGAUCCCCCUAAAUCCUUCACACUGCUCCUUUAAAGGGCUAGAUGCCCUGCUCAAGGGCAUCUUGAGGGUAUUUUCAUUCAAUCAUUUAAAUCCAUGCUUUAAAAAAGGCUAGCUCACUAAAAGUCUGGUAAUCCUCCUUUGAGAUACUUGAAAAAACAGCAACUGACUUCUUUAUUUUCAUCUGAAGGAUUAACUUGAGAGAAAAUGGUGUUUCCCAAAACGUGAAGAUUAUCUCUGUUCAGUAAAGCUGCACCAGGCAAUUUAAGAGUUUCCACUAAAAGUGGAAAUGAGAGCUUACGAGUAAACUGCUUGGAAGUCUGAGGGACGUAAUCACCCAGAAAUCUCAAAACCUCUGUAGCAGUGCUAGUGUCCAUGCUUUAAAUUCUGGGAGUUUUUUUUUUUUUUUUUAAAGGUACUCUGUGGAGUUUUUUAACAUUUACCAAACUCAUUUUUGGUAAAUGUGAACGUAAGUUUGUCUGGUUAAAAAUUCCAUAGAGCGCCUUACAUGGGAAAGGGGACCAGUUCUCUGCAGCCACUUUGGGAUUUAAACUGAUGCAAAGGGUCUGUUUUAAUACAUCCUGCCUGGUGCAGCUUUAACUUUGGCUCUAACGGAGCAAAGAUGAUCUCUCAGACUUGUAAAAUUUUGGGAGAAAACACACAUAACCUUGACUUUUGUUCCGGUCAUAUCGGUCAUGAGCAGGAGGAUUUCAGGAGUCUGCGUCCAGAUUGUUUUCAUUUGAUUGUUCAUCACGUUUCCUUGAAUGUUUUAAUGGCGUCUUCUCGCUCACAGAAGAAGAGUGUUAGUUGCCAACUGACAACUACGGACAUUUUAUCUGAGCUUUUUGGUCAAACAAUAAGCUAUGCACACGCUGUGUUGGAAAACAGGUCGUGACAUAAAAAACAAAAAAAUCCUAGUCUUCCACAGUUUGAACAACGGUGGAAGGUGUUUGUGGCUCAACCGGCACAAAACAAAACCACAUUUUCAACCAUCUGCGAGGAAAUAAAUCUCAGUCAUUUAGAAUAAUUCUACUCGCCAAGUACGACCAGGACCGCUCAGUAGCUUUUCUUCACAGCGUGUGAAACACAACACCUUUUCUCUUUGUGUAGAUCCAGCCUGAGCCCUUCUCACUGAUUCAAGGUGCUGUGAGGGAAAAGCGGAAUAUUUUUACAUAUUUCUGAUAUUUGGCCAGCAGUGGACCAUAGCACAGCCCAGAGAGAGAUCGGACCGUCACAUCUCCGACUCUGGCACAAACCAACCAGCUCAACGUGUUAAUAUUUGUAUUGAAAUGUGUGUGUUGAUACUUUCUAAAGGCUUCGUGUUUGUUAGCAUUCAGAAGAAGCACAAAGCUGCUUUGCUUUUUGAGUAUUCAGUCCUUUUUCUCUCGGGUUGGGGACAAACAAAAGUAUAGAAAUGGUGCAUUUUCAUACCGAAGAAGCAACAUAUCUUGGAGAAGAUUUUCUUUUCAGGACUGGCAAAGGCUUAUUUACUGACUGACGUUCAUGUAUUUUUGGAACUGGACCAAUGGGAGACAGAACAGUUACCAAGGGCCCGGAGUUCACUAAUAUAUCCCGAAGCACAAAUGACCGUGAAGACUUUGGAUUCAGAGACAAAAAUCGCAACCGCAGUUCCGAGGUUUUCGCCCAACAACAGUGACAAACUACCUGACUGCUCAGCGGGGACACGGAAACUGCCACAUUACGUGUGACCGGAGACGCAGAGGACAAAAAGACGUCGACCCAAAACACUGAUUCUCAAUGUAGCAACUGAGAUCUCUUUAUGUGCUUGACAAUUUAUCUUAUUGAAUGUUUUCUUCUUUUGUUUUUUUUUUUUUACAAGGUUAUCUUUGGAGUUUUGUUUUUCUCAAAUCUGUUUUAUCAGGACAUUUGCAUUUGAUUCAUCGAUUGUACACUAUGAUUUUGAA